AUGUCGUACACUGCUGGUGCUUCUAGUCAAGUCGAAAGACGGCUUGGUGGCAUGCCUGUGGUGCACGCAUUCACUCUCGUUGCUCAUCGAAAGGCCGUUGAUUUCAAAAAACGCGUCCAAACUCGGAAUGGGGAAUGGAACAUUAGCGAGCUGUUGAAGAUGGCUUGGAAGAAAGGAUAUCCGAAGAUUCUGAAGAAGCGGGACCUGCAGACAACCAGAUGUGGGGUCCAAAUCGCAUUUUCUUCCUCCCCCUUUGAUUUUGCCUCUCAUGCAUGGUGGUUCUCGAUACUCACUCCAUCAUCUGUGCAGCAGACUACCUUCUCUGACAUCACUCCUGUCAUUCGAGAAGUUACCGUUCACGCCAUCGUUAUGCUCUCCGCCAAGGUGUAUCCUUCCCGGACGUCGGGUCCCUCACUACGAUACCAAGCGCAAGUUCCAGUUCCUGUGUUCGGCAUGGACCACAAUGAUCAUGUUGUGCACGAUUCUCGUGCGGGCGUCAAGGCGUUGAUGGAAACUGCAGGCGGUUACGCCAAGAUCCGAUCAUCGUUUACUUACAGGAGUCCCAGAACUUUGACUGUUCAUUCGACUGAUCCCACGAGAGAGAAAGAAUGA